CGAGUCUACGCUCGGGCAACCAGACCACUCUAUCCUGCGCUACAAUUGAACAGCUUCAGAGCACAUCUUCUCUCCGGCGCUUGCAUUCCAAUUCACCAGGUAAUACUGCUCUUGACCAGUUUACUCAAUUCUUUGGAGAACUGGUGAGUAAAAGAGACCAGAGCAGAACCGACGAUGCUAAUCUGCUGCGAAUAGCAUCAAAAUGGCCAACCAAUGUUCGGGUCACGUUUUCGUCAUCGUACAGGCGACGAACGGGAAUAUCCUUACCUGGCGAUGCUCUGAUUGCAACGCCGGUCCGUAUGUCGCCAUCUGGCGCUGCAAGAUCUGUAACCACUGUCGUUGCAACUCUUGCCACACCGCCAAAGGCUAGAGGAUCACGUCACAAAUACUACGUGCCUUCAAUUCGGU